GGGAGGCGGAGGAGGCGGCGGCGAUGGAGGUGAAGCGGCUGAAAGUGACCGAGCUGCGGUCGGAGCUGCAGCGGCGCGGCUUGGACUCGCGCGGCCUCAAGGUGGAUCUGGCGCAGCGGUUGCAGGAGGCGCUGGACGCUGAGAUGCUCGAGGACGAGGCCGGCGGUGGCGGGGCCGGGCCCGGCGGGGCCUGCAAGGCGGAGCCUCGGCCUGUGGCCGCGUCGGGCGGCGGCCCGGGCGGGGACGAGGAGGAGGACGAAGAGGAGGAGGAGGAGGACGAGGAGGCGCUGCUUGAGGACGAGGACGAAGAGCCACCCCCUGCCCAGGCCUCGGUCCAGGCCGCGCAGCCGCCGCCGGAGCCCCCGGAGGCGGCAGCCGUGGAGGCCGAGGCGGAGCCCGAUGCUUCCGAGAAAGCGGCGGAGGAGGCCACAGCCGAGUCAGGUGGGGUAAACGGUGGCGAAGAGCAGGGCACCGGUAAGGGGGAGGAAGAUGAACCGGAGGAGCGGAGCGGAGACGAGACGCCGGGAUCCGAGGCGCCGGGUGACAAGGCCGCAGAGGAACAGGGAGAUGACCAAGAUAGUGAAAAAUCAAAACCAGCAGGCUCAGAUGGUGAGCGGCGGGGGGUAAAGAGACAGCGGGAUGAGAAGGAUGAACAUGGCCGAGCUUACUAUGAAUUCCGAGAGGAGGCCUACCACAGCCGCUCAAAGUCUCCGCCACCCCCAGAAGAAGAGGUGAAAGAUGAGGAAGAGGAUCACACUCUUGUGAACCUGGACACGUAUACCUCCGAUCUCCAUUUUCAAGUCAGCAAAGACCGCUAUGGAGGGCAGCCACUUUUCUCAGAGAAGUUCCCCACUCUUUGGUCUGGGGCCAGAAGUACUUAUGGAGUGACAAAGGGGAAAGUCUGCUUUGAGGCCAAGGUAACCCAGAAUCUCCCAAUGAAAGAAGGCUGCACAGAGGUUUCUCUCCUUCGAGUUGGAUGGUCUGUUGAUUUUUCCCAUCCACAGCUUGGUGAGGAUGAAUUCUCUUAUGGUUUCGAUGGACGAGGACUCAAGGCAGAGAAUGGGCAAUUUGAGGAAUUCGGCCAGACUUUUGGGGAGAAUGAUGUCAUUGGCUGCUUUGCUAAUUUUGAAGCUGAAGAAGUAGAACUUUCCUUUUCCAAGAAUGGAGAAGACCUCGGUGUGGCAUUCCGUAUCAGCAAGGAAUCCCUAGCAGAUCGGGCCCUCCUACCCCACGUCCUCUGCAAAAAUUGUGUUGUAGAAUUAAAUUUUGGUCAGAAGGAGGAGCCCUUCUUCCCACCACCAGAAGAGUUUGUGUUCAUCCAUGCAGUGCCUGUUGAGGAGCGCGUGCGCACUGCAGUCCCUCCCAAGACCAUAGAGGAGUGUGAGGUGAUUCUGAUGGUGGGACUCCCUGGAUCUGGAAAGACCCAGUGGGCCCUGAAAUAUGCAAAAGAAAACCCUGAGAAAAGAUACAAUGUCCUGGGAGCUGAGACUGUGCUCAAUCAAAUGAGGAUGAAGGGGCUCGAGGAGCCAGAGAUGGAUCCCAAAAGCCGAGACCUUUUAGUUCAGCAAGCCUCCCAGUGCCUUAGUAAGCUGGUCCAGAUUGCUUCCCGGACAAAGAGGAACUUCAUUCUUGAUCAGUGUAAUGUGUACAACUCUGGCCAACGGCGGAAGCUGUUACUGUUUAAGACUUUCUCCCGGAAAGUGGUGGUGGUUGUCCCUAAUGAGGAGGACUGGAAGAAGAGGCUGGAGCUGAGGAAGGAAGUGGAGGGAGAUGAUGUGCCUGAGUCUAUAAUGCUGGAGAUGAAAGCCAACUUCUCUCUGCCUGAAAAAUGCGACUAUAUGGAUGAGGUGACAUAUGGGGAGCUGGAGAAGGAGGAGGCUCAGCCCAUUGUCACUAAAUACAAGGAGGAGGCAAGGAAGCUGCUGCCCCCCUCUGAGAAGCGGACAAACCGCCGGAACAAUCGAAACAAGCGUAACCGGCAGAACCGAAGCCGAGGCCAAGGCUACGUGGGCGGGCAGCGCCGAGGCUACGACAACCGGGCCUACGGGCAGCAGUGCUGGGGGCAGUCUGGAAACAGAGGGGGUUACCGUAACUUCUACGAUCGAUACAGGGGAGACUACGAUCGAUUCUAUGGUCGAGAUUAUGAGUACAACAGAUACAGAGACUAUUACAGACAGCAGUAUAAUCGGGAGUGGCCGAGUUACUACUACCACCAUCCCCAGGACAGAGACCGAUACUACAGGAACUACUACGGUUACCAAGGGUAUCGGUGAAGCCCCUGCCACUGUCGCCUGUCAGCCACGAAGCUGAAUCCCCGGGGGUGCCAAGCACCCCCCAAAACACAACCAAGGAAAACAGGGGCUGUCGGGGUGGGGCUGAGCUGCCGGGGAGGGGCGGUGGGGGGAGGGUGCGCAAGCAGGGGUGGGGGCGGGGGGAGGUGGAAACAAACAACAAAACUGUACAUUUUUUUUAAAGUUUGUUGAAAAGAAUAUUGUCUUAUUCUAUAAAACAUUUCAAACCUAGUUAGAUAUUUGUAAUCAAAAAAAAAAAAAACAUUUGCUCAGAAAGCAGCACUUAGGGCUGCCUGUCCUAUAUACCCUGCAGUCGGACAGGAAAAGAACUGAAAAUGUCACCCUUCUGACAUUCUAAGGCAGCUGGACUGGCAGCCGAGUAAGGGAGAGUGAUGGUGAGGUGAUGCGGAGAGGGUGGGAAGCAUUCAAGGGUGCCUACUCUCCACAGCAGGCAGGAGCGGGGCAGAGGGCGAGCUUGUGACUGGGGCAGUGAAAAUAAACGAUUGGCUCUUAUCAAUCACUUGCACCAACUAACCGUUUGUAUUUUCUUUACCGACCUUUCCCUCUCGGGAUAUCUGGUCCGGUGGGCUGGGAGGCCAUAGUGUCCCUAUCUCCACGUGCCCGUGCCUUUGUGCUGUUUGGCCAAGGCAUGGCAGCUACCAAUUGGGUGGUUCUAUUAUAUAGGAUCCCCAGGCCAAGGAGGCAUGGGGACUGUUGGUGACUGGAGAGUAGACUAGUUUGUAGCCUCUCUGUACCCGUUUAUGGAUUUCCAUAAGAUCUGGGAGAAGAGUUGGGAUUGCAGCCCUCAGUCUGAAGAUGGUGAUCUGCCGGUCUCUGCUCUCUUGUCUUCCAAGGCUGAGACAGGCGGGAAGUCUCUGAAAUCAUCUCUGUUAGAGAAUCUGUCCUCUUCUGGUUCUAGAGAAGGAACGUUUCUCAGGGUUUCAGCUCACACAGAAACGAAGCAGGAUUCUUUUCACUGCAGCAGGAUAUGUAUAUAGGUGAAUCCUGUGGUGUUGGGCUACUGGGCCCAGGUGCUGAGAAUAGCGACUAUUUUAUACAGUGUGGAGGGCCAGGGCCCUGCUGGCUUUUUUGAUACACAGGUAGAGAGUGACUAGAAAAGGGGAGGGUGGGGGGGUGGGAGGCAGCUCAGUAGGGCUGCCGGAACUUGAGAAGAGCGUGAAUGUGAGCGUGUGCAUGCACAGGAGCACCCCUUCCUGACUUGUGGCAACAGGAUUCCUCCUGGGGCAUCUUCCCUGCGUGGCCCAGAGGCAUCUAGCCAAGAGACUUCAGUUGGGAUGCUAACUUUACUGACACCCUCCUAGUUCUUGACAGACAGCUUCAGGUCGCUGGUUCAAGACUAUGGGUGGGAUGUAGGAAUGCUCUUUGAAUACUGAGCUUCAGUUUUCAUUCACCUUCCUGCUCAGCAUUGUGUCAGCCAAGAGCUUACUCAGCAAACACCUCACAUUGCUGCACUUCCUGGCGAGGGGAGUCCCAGGUUGUGCUACUAGAAAACACUUCACUUCCACUUCCUUACCUGGGCAGUCCUCUGUUGAAAAUUUUGUGCUGAGAUUUGAUCUCCCUCUCCCUCUCCCACGGUUACUGCCGUGCCCAGGAGGGUGCACAGGCCCUGGUUCUGGCCCUCUAGUCACCUGUCUAGGACACCCCUCUGCUCCACCUGGACCUCUGACCCAGAGGCUGGAAUGGGGUGCUGGUAGGCAAUAUGUUUGCUUGCUCACAGUGACGUCCUCUCUUUCUCCGGACACCUGCUUCUGUGGGUUUGUGUGUGGCAGUGGGUGAAGUGAUUGCCUGAAGUUGUCUGCAACCCACUUUUUAUUACCAUUAAGGGGAGUGUUUGAGAAAGCUUUAGUGCUUAUAGUGUCAGGGCAAGGAGAUAAAAACUGGAGCCCAAAGAGAUUCCCCUUAGGGCAAGAUUAUAAUAGAAAAUUGACUCCGAGGCAGAAACUGCCAGCUCUAUUCAAAUGUUUAGUCCUGCAGCAAAUAGCAUCUUUUUAUAGUCUACAACACGGUUUGGGGAUGCUAGGCCCUCAGGGCGGGGAGGGGGAAGGACAGAAUUUAAGCCGCUUUGGGUUUUUUUGGGGGGCGGGGGGUACUUGCUGUUCACUUUUGACACUGGAAAGUCAUCUUUUCAUAAAAAGCUCUUUCUAGGUGGGUGGAGAGGGAAACUGCCACGUCCUUGUCGGUUUAGUCCAAGAGAUCACUCGCAACAACAGUAGAUGUCUGGGUUUUGUUUGUGUCUGUCUUUUUAUUAUGGAAAAAAAAAACAAUGUUAAGGGGGGAAAUGUGGAUUAACAGGAGGGAUCCCUAGCCUUGUUUUCCUUAGAAGACUUGUUUAGUGUUUUAUCAGACGUCUGUUGUAGUUGUUGUAGGUGGAAAAGCUUGUGAGAAAAACAACCACCACAUGGAGCCUGUAAAUGUUUUUGCACAACCUGUAAAGCAUUCUUGGAAGUGGCCAGUAAAAAAAGGGUUUUACCGUUUUAAAAAAAUGUAACUGUGUCAUUGUUUACAUCUGUAACUUUUUCCUCCCCUGUUCUCAUUACAACAUUCUGGCAAAAAUGUAGGCACGGUAGCUACCAGUUUUAGAAUAAAUAACCAUUUGGAUUGAA